AUGGGAGAUUUAGCCAAAAACUGUGCAAAGAUAGAAGAAAGAAAACCAAAUAGCCGUUGGAAGGAUGCAAUUGAAUAUAUUAAUUCCGGAGACUUUGCUCCAGAAGAUAUGGUUUUGGAAUUGCUUAUAUGGAAUCUCAACCAAUACCCAACAAGCACCGGGUUUAUAAUUGAUGGAUACCCACGAACAUUUAAACAGUACGAUGAUCUCAAAAUACACAUUGGCGGGGAUAGGCUAUCUGGUGUUGUCCUUAUCGAUGCUCCCGAGGAAAAAUGUUUGCGCCGAAUCCACAUUGCAAACCAGAGAAAAAGACAAUGUGACGAACACUUAUCAUUUGAUGUAGUUCAAAGAAAAAUGUGCAUGUAUAAAAAAGUGACGCUUGCAAUGUGCAAAGUCAUCGAUGAUGAAAAGAAGCUGUACAUUGUGAGUCAUAGUUUAUUUUAUCAAGAGUGGGCCAUCUUCCGGCCACCUGUUCAGGCAGAAUCCACGUGUGAUGCAGACGUACCAACGCAAAAGUCCGUGCCGAGAUUUGUUGGUUGCCCUGGAAAUUCACUGGCUCUUCACAUUCCGACCAUCCAACCUGACUACAAAGACACCGGGCGACGGCCUGGACUGCCCACUUGUCCGGUUCUAGUUUUGUUAGGCGGCCCUGGAUCUGGUCGUACAAAGCAGUCACUGGCCCUGUGUAAGUCCGUCAAAGGAGCCAAGCACUACAACCUCACUGAUCUACUCCGAACGAAGGUGCUCAGCUCUCUUGCAAACGGCGGGGAAAAGGACUGGGAUGUCGUUGCCAAGCGAGUGCACAGCAGUCAGCCUCCUCUUUAUUACGACGUACAACUCGACAUUCUACGCGAGGAAUUCGUUAAGUCGGCAAAAUGCGCCACAAUAGUUAUCAUCGAGGGCUACAUGAAUGACGAAAAGCAGAUUUCUACUUUCAAUCAGACGAUUGGAGGUGCCGACAUGAUUGUGUUGCUUGAUUGCAAGGAGGAGAUAAUGAAAUCCCGCCUUAGCAGGCGGUGCACGCGGCUCAAACGAAUUGAGGAUGAAGCUCACAUCGUUUAUCAAAGGAUUAAUUUCUUCAAACAAGUGACACUAUCAGUGGCACGUUACUUUGAUGAACUUGGAAAACUAGUGAUUGUUCCAGCUGAUCGUGAAGCCGACUUAAUAUCGAAAGACCUUAAAGCCCUGAUCGAAUACUUCCUAGCCAAGAGAAAAAGUUCGUCCAAAAAUAAUUGCAACAGAAUCGACGUAAGGAUUUUACAAUCUUUCAAUGAUUUCGUGUUCAUUUAA